AAAGCAAGGGAUCUUGAAGAGGAGCAGCAGCGAUCAAGGCAACUCACAGCCAGCAAGAUUACCGGUCGCGGCGGCGCUUGCGGCAAAUAUUGCGGCACUGCCCCGUCACCCGCCAACAUUUCUUUCACCAGCUUCCGUCAGUCGCUCACCAGCAAUGUUAACUACCUGAAACGAAGGUUCUCGUCGGGGGACCUGAGCUCGGAAUUCGACGAUGAGCCGAACGCGAGCACGGGGCUGGCCUCCAUGGGCCGCCAGGACUCAACCUCGAGCCAGAACUACCAGGGUCUGGCCGAGCGACCCCUACAGUCCCAGCCGCAGCCGAUGGCACCGCCGAGCCAGCCAGUGCCUGGUGCCCCCCCGCCCGGCUCCGAUCUCAGUCUGAAUCUUAAGCCCAACUCCAAGACCACCAGUGCCCCUUCGUCGCCCGCAAAAACGCGGGAGAGUCUACUACAGAGGGUCCAGAGCUUGACUGGUGCAGCUAGAGAUCAGAUCCAAAACAUACAAGGCUCCUCGAUUCUUGGCGCCGCGGUGACGGGAGCGACGCGUGGCCAGGGCUUUGGAGGCAAGGAGCGCUGCUUCACGCUACUGGUAAUCGACGACCAGAACACCGACUGGAGCAAGUACUUCCGGGGACGCAGGUUGCACGUCGAUUACGAGAUCCGCGUUGAGCAGGCCGAGUUUCGCGAGCUCACGCUCACGGCCAACGAGACCGGCACCACUGUCUCUAUGGCAGUGGUGCGCAAUGGGUCCAAAGUCAUUAGGUCUUUCAAGCCAGACUUCGUGUUGUUUCGGCAAAACUUGCGGGACGCCAGCGAGGACUACAAGAGCUUGCUUCUCGGCUUCAUGUACAGCGGCAUACCCAGCGUCAACAAUAUGCAGGCGGUUUACAACUUUCAGGAUAAGCCCUGGGUCUUUGCUCAUCUUAUCGGCAUCCAGCGUCGGCUUGGCAAGGAGAGCUUCCCGCUGAUCGAGCAGACGUACUACCCCAACCAUCGCGAAAUGACAAACGCAGCGCGCUAUCCAGUAGUGGUAAAGCUCGGCCAUGCUCACAGCGGUGUUGGCAAAGCCAAAGCCGAAAACGUCCAGGAAUUCCAAGACCUGGCUUCGCUUGCUGCUCUCACCAACAGCUACUGUACGAGCGAGCCCUACAUUGAUACAAAAUUCGACGUUCACGUCCAAAAAAUCGGCACCAACUACAAGGCUUUCAUGCGCAAGAGCAUCAGCGGCAACUGGAAGUCGAACACGGGCUCGGCGAUGCUGGAACAGGUCACGGUGACCGAGAGACAUCGUACCUGGGUCGACCAUGUGGCCCAGAUGUUUGGUGGUUUGGACAUAUGCGCCAUCGAACUGCUCGUUGGCAAAGACAACAAAGAGUACAUUAUCGAGGUCAACGACAGCGCGCUCUCGCUCAUGGGCGACACGCAGGAAGAGGACCGGCGCCAGAUUGCCGAUUUAGUUAUCGCUAAGAUGCAGGCCUUCUGUCGGCCACCGGCAGUGCUGACGAAGACAAGUUCUCGGGGCUCGAUGUCCAGCUCCUCCCAGCUGACGAGCCCAACGGAAGAGCGCACCCUGUCUUCCGGGGGUCAGUCGGUGGGUGCCGGUGGUGCUCCAACAGCCACCGGCUCGCACGGCAGCAUUAGCUCGGUCACCAGCGGUAUAGGCUCGAUAAGCUCGGCCAACAUCGACACGAGCACUACCUCGGGGCCACCGUCGAUGCUCCCACCUGGGCCCCCGGAUCAACAUCCGCCACUCCAGCGACGGGACUCGCAAGCGUCUCAAUCGAGUACAGUGAGCAGUGGGGCGCCAUCAGUGAGUAGACGCCAGCCGGACGAGCCUCCACCAGUGCCGCCAACCUCGCGGAUGCCAUUCCAACGCCAGGGCAGCCAAUCGCAGGCGCCGAGCGAAGACACGGAGGAUACUAUGAAAAAUCUGCGCAAGACCUUUGCCGGUAUUUUCGGUGACAUGUAAGCGCAGGUUGUUAAGCGAAAUAUCAUCGGAAGUUCCGUUUAAUAGCAGGCGCUGUUAUAUACGUAUUAUACACACACAUUAUUUCUCCUUUAUCGAUAUAAUGUUGAAAAUAUUGUACUGCAUUCACGAGACUGACAGAGACACGUUUCCUGAUGCUCUUUUGAGUUUCAAACGAUUCCACGUCGUUGUAUUUAAAGCAUGUAUACAAAAGUACGUGUAAGUAACGUUAAAUGCACAAAAUCUGAAAACUCCAAAGACUCCAUAGCAAAGGAAGUAAAAGGGAUAUCAAAAGCGCUACUUGUUUUUGCAGCGUUUCUUUUUGGUAUCACCUACGCUUCCUCGAUGUAUGAAGAGAACCAAAAAUUUUGCACCGUCCUCGAGGUCGUUGGUCUUGAGCAGCGCAAAAUAGUUGCUAUUGUUUUUACAUUUUUUACGUUUUUCUUUCGACCAACCGAGGCACGAAUGAACAUCUAACGUUCGAACAUUUUCUCCCUUUUACAAAUAAAAAUCUGAAAUAUGUAUACGUGUCGGAGAUAUUUUUAGGUUGUUUUAUCGACAAAGUGGUCUUCCUUCUUUUUUUAUCAUUAUUAAAUGACUCGUUGUAUUGUUGAUGGUCGAAUUGUUGAUUUUACUUUGUAUAUCACUUGAGCCUUUUACCAUUUAUCUCUUUUGUUAGCUGGCGUUUAUCUUCAUCAAUUUAGGGCCGGUAAAAUUAAUUGUUUUGAUGAUGGUUAAAAAAUGUGUGUACUUUUUUUUCUGAAGUAGCCACCAUUAGUAGUUUAAAACUUCCUAACGACCACGUAUUCACAUAGUUAUGACUUUUUGGACGAACGACGUACAAUAUGGUAACUCUACAUUUCGGCUCUUGCCGAGAGGAGUCAGGACGAUAUGAGUAAUGGGACAUAUUUAAAAGAUUUAAAAAAUAAGGUUAAAAAUAAUUCGCUUACAUACAGCCAAGAAAGCUGAUUUUUCCUCCAAAAUAAAUAGCAAUAAUCUUUGAAUUCUUCGGUAACUCUUGUAUAAGCCAAUCGUGACUUUGGACAAAUUUUUGGGGACGAGGAGGAAUUUUAUAUUACGUAUAAUCAGGGAAUAGCACGAGAGUAAUGAUGUUAUAGAAAAAUAAUGUUCCUUUUUUCAUUUUCGUGAAUGAGACACAUAAUAAAAUUAAAAUAAAAAAAGAUAAGAAACUAAAAAUAAUAAACAAAACAUAAAUCAACUUAUUUCAUGAUGAUACAUGCUUAGCGACCACAUACGUAAUAUAAGUUGCUUCUUUGUAUUAAUGCAGGCGUAUUAAUAUAUCCACGUUAAGUCUUUAUAUGAUUGAUAUAUACACAACUAACGUAAGGUUCAAGAAAAGGCGAUAAAUUUAAACCGCGUUUUGCUUUACGCGCAUAAAGUAUACAACAUGUUGAUGGCGAGGAAGAAAGAAGUACGAGAUAUAUUAUUAGCCGUACUAUUAUUAUAUAUUGUAACUGUUGAGUACAUA